GCGCGGCGGAGUUGUCGCGCAUGCGCAGCUAUGGGAAUACUAUUACCUGUGAUUCGACGACGACGAUGGCGACGACGAAUAGACAUAUUAUGGAUGGCACUGCCUCGCUGGGGAUGCACCACUGCUGGACUUGGAGCCGCAAUACUAAACCUUCGAAGUACAGGAAAAGCUGGAGAGGACGCGCUUUUGACGAUCGACUGGCGCAGAGCAUUGAUAUUCACGCCCCUAUUGCUGCGCCGCCAUGUCACGCAAAAUUCAGUGGCACGGCCUGCAGGCAAUGGACACCAGGCUCAGCACUGCGGCUCCCAACAUUACACUACACAUCGUGGUGCACUGCAGCAACCAGCGCCUCAAAUAACCAUACCAUUCACGCCAACGCUAUCCUGCACGCUUGUUAAUGCCCUUCGACCAGAUAUUAGAGGAGUAUCGCUGUACCGGAGCCGUAUCUGCGGCCGCGGCAUACUAUACACAAUCAUAUCACUGCACUUGACUCGUUCCACUCCACUUCCCCGAUGUUACCGUCUCACAGCUCAGUACUCUGGAUGGCGCACUGUGGAUGAUGAUACUUUAGGCGCCACCCAAACCUCAGUCUACUCAACCUACAACAAGACACUCUGA